AGUCACCUGACGCUUUCUAUUAAAAUCCUACUGUGCAUAUUGCUCUCGUGUGUUUUUUGCUCGCAUAUCUAACGGCUACUGCCUGUCUAGCCUUAUCAGUCCCAUUGCAGUUCGCACUCUGCUUUUGAGCCUCAUUACUUACCGGCUGCUGCUGAAGGAUGGCGCUUAUGCAUGGUCAAGCCGCUCCUAAGUUGUCUACCGCACGUCCGCACGUAGCACCAAAGGCUGCAUUCCUAUCAUUCCUAAGGCCAGCAGCUGCGAAAGCGGAACAGAGGACUGCCGUAAAGGAACAGCUCCUAGAGCGCCUGGAGGGCCUCAACAGAGGAGCUUCGGCCACCGCAGAGGACAAAGCGGAUGUAGAGCGCCUGGCAAGUCAGUUAGAGCGGCUCAAUCCCACGCCCCAGCCGCUGAAGGCUCCGGAGCUCCUGAGCGGUAAAUGGCGUCUGCUGUAUACCACAUCAGACUCCAUCCUAGCUACGAAGCGUCCUCCUCCUUUGCGGCCAUCGGGACCCAUUUACCAGACCAUAGAUGCCGGGCGUCUGAAGGCCCGUAACCAGGAGACCUGGCCCUUCUUCAACCAGGUGACUGCCGACCUGACCCCGCUCAGCUCCAACCGCGUGACCGUGCAGUUCCGCACCUUCAAGCUGCUGGGGCUGCUGCCCAUCACCGCACCGCCCUCCGCCAGGGGCGAGCUGUCGGUCACCUACCUGGACGAGUCGUUGCGCAUCAGUCGCGGCGACAAGGGCAACCUGUUCGUCUUGGACAUGGCGGAUCCGGAAGCCAGGCUGGAGUAGGGGGCCGACCCGUGGGUCAGGCUGGGGUGAUGGGGGUUAUCGGUAUGCGUCGUACGGUGGUUUUGGCAGGGGUAGGGUAGUUGGGUGGAGUGGACGACAAUGCGGGAGUGGAAAGGUGCGGGCAAGGGGAAGGGAGUGUUGGAGCGGAGUGUUGGGUAAAUGGCAGCGGAGAACAGGAGGGGUAGCUUGGAGGGUUGCUUUGGUGAGACCCGGGUGUAAUGGGAGGGAGGCGGAUCUACCGCGUCUUGUGAGAGUGAGUGGAGAGGAGUGGAGUGGAGUGAGGGGAGUGGCGAGGAGGUGUGUGGAGGGGAGUUGGGAGAGGCGCCGUGUGUUGCAGUGUGCUCGGUUGGGGUGUGUUGUAAAUUAGGUUAAUGUGCAGGUGCAGGUGGAGAGCAUGGUGUGUGGUUAAGCUGUGAGGUGUCGCCUCACUAAAGCAACCGGAGACGGAACAUUGCCUUGAAGCAUGUACUUGUCCUUCUUAAAUGUACAUCUGUGUUGCUGCUUGGCACCUUAAAAGAGGCAGUGAUACCGAGAGGAGCAACAGGCAUGAGGCCGCAACAUGUGUGUUGUGUGGUUUUGGUACGGUAGUAUGCAAGGGGCCCUGUGUGCGGUGUACGGACAUAUAUGGAAGCUUGAAAUGACCCGCCGCCCUACAGGGCCGGGGCUGUUAGUAUUGGUUGGU